AUGGUCUACAGAUGUUUUGCUGUCGAAAAGUUUGUCUCGAAUAUAGAUAGCGAAAUCGCUAGACAUUUUCAAAAAGAUAAAAAUUUUAAUUUUUCUAAAAAUAUGUUAGAAAAAAAGUUUGCUGACAUUGACAAGAAAUUUGAGAAUGUUUUAAACAAGAACAAGAGGAAGUUAGAAAAUGCUCAGAUAAAGCCUAUACAUGACAAGUUCUUAUUUGCUCAGAAUGGUAUAACAGGUCUAAUCGCACCACCUGGGUCGGGUAAGACUUUCACUUAUCUUAAAAUGGCUGCACAACAACAAGAACUAGAUGAGAAGAACCCAUUCUAUGAGUUAGUAGUCAUUUGUAGUACUUC